AUGGGAUCGGAGGGCUUCGUUUGCGAGACCAAGCAUGCCGAGGCUGAGCUCAAGUCCAGAGCGCCGAGGACCCGUCAAGAGACCUUCACUCAAGCUACUGAAUCCACCAUCUUGGAAAGGGAAGAUAAUGCUUGCACCCAGACGGAACAGGGUUACACCACCGCCGCCACCACGCGCAUAUUCAGCGUACUUUCAGAAACCGUCUUCACUUUCGAGUAUUGGAAGUCCAAGGACGCCAUUAUCGUUCCAAUCUCGAAUGAAGAUGCCCUAUUGGGAUCGACGCGUGAGCCACAACUCCAGUCAAAAUUCGCGAGAGAGUCGACGUUCAAGCUCUGCAUUCUGGGGCCAUAG